AUGACAAGAUCUCUACUCCCGACAUCCCGAAAAUGCUUAUCUUGCAUUUGCAUCCAAGGAGAUUUGAGGGAGACAUUCUAUGCACAAGAAGGUGGUGUGAAGUAUGCCAAUGAAAGGUUAAUGCCAAAAAACUACCAGCAUGUCCUUGCCUUUGUUUUUGCCAUUCAAGAGGUCAACAAGAAUAAUCGCCUCUUACCAAACAUCACACUGGUAGCAGAUAUCUAUGACAACGCAUUUCAUUCCAUGUUUACCUAUUGGGCCACUCUGGAUCUUCUCUUCACAGGACAUAGAGAUCCCCACAAUUACAAAUGUGGCAGGGAGAAGAAGUUAAUGGCUAUUAUUGGUGGGCUCACCUCCCAAAGCUCAAUACAGAUAGCCAGCAUCUUAAAUACCUACAAAAUCCCACAGCUCACUUAUGGCUCCUUUGACCCUGUGUUGAGUGAUAAAACCCAGUUCCCUUCUUUCUUCCGGAUGGCUCCAAAUGAAAACCCCCAAUAUGAUGGGAUUGUUCAGCUACUGAAUUAUUUUGAAUGGAACUGGAUUGGCCUUCUCACCUCAGAUGAUGACAGUGGAGAAACAUUUAUUCAGACUAUGAGACCAAAGCUCUCUCAGAGUGGUAUUUGUGUUGCUGUAAUACAAUCCGUUCCAAUAGUCAUAAGUCACACACCCGAAAACCGUAAAAAAUACUAUGAAAGGAUAAGUUUUGUGCUCCAGUUAAAUAACAUCAGUGUAAUAGUUGUUUAUGGAGAUGCUCACUCUAUGGCUGGUUUACAAAUAGUCUUAGAUUACAGCGAAUUUGUUCAUCUGCGACCAAUGGAGAAGGUUUGGCUCAUCACAUCUCAGUGGGAUUUCACAGCUAUUUUAACUUGGAAUUCAUUUCCAGCAAAAUCCCUCAAUGGUACCUUGUCCUUUGCACUCCACAAAAAUGUAGUUCCAGGGUUUCAUGAUUUUGUUGAGAACAUAAAUCCAUAUGAGUCUUCAGUUUAUUUCAUCCAGGAAUUCUGGUGCAGUGCGUUUACCUGUUCAGUCCCAAAGUAUGAUGUAUAUAUGACAAACUGCACUGGAAAGGAAAAGUUGGGGGGCCUUCCUGGAGCUGUGUUUGAAAUGGAAAUGUCUGGCCAGAGCUACAGUAUCUACAACUCUGUCCACGUUAUAGCACAUGCUCUCCAUGCCAUGUACUCAUCAAAAACUAAACACAAAGCUAUAGGAGAUCUUCUGAAUGUUCAACCAUGGCAGCUUCGCCCAUUUCUGAGAAAUGUCCGCUUUAACAAUAGUGCUGGGGAAGAAAUAUUUUUUGAUGAGAAUGGGGAUGUAGCAGCUGGAUAUGAUAUUGUCAACUGGGUCAUGUUCCACAAUAAAUCCUUCCGCAGACUCCUAGUUGGAAGGAUGGACCCGAAGCAUCCUAGAGGCAAAAGGUUCAUAAUCAACAGAAGAAAUAUUGUGUGGAAUCACAAGUUUAAUCAGAAGACCCCUCGUGCCAAAUGUGUUGAAAGCUGCCACCCUGGAUACAGCAGAAUCGUUCAGCAGGGGCAACAAGUGUGUUGCUAUGGUUGCGCUCAGUGUCCUGAAGGAAGGAUUUCUGUUCAUAUUGAUGCGGACCAAUGUGAGAAGUGCCCAGAAGAUCAAUAUCCAAAUGAGGAAAAGAAUCAAUGCAUUCCCAGAACGGUCACCUUCUUAUCCUAUGGAGAACCUUUGGGGGCAGUUUUGGCAUCCUUUGCCCUUUUCUUUUCCAUUAUCACAGUUGUGGUGAUGGGCACCUUCAUUCAGCACCACAACACACCCAUUGUCAAAGCCAACAACUGGAGCAUCACAUGUAUCCUGUUCUGCUCUGUGCUUCUUUCCUUUCUGUGCUCCUUCCUCUUCAUUGGCCAACCUCAGAAAGUGACCUGCCUUCUCCGGCAAACAGUUUUUGGAACCAUAUUUUCCAUUGCAGUUUCUUGUGUGUUGGGCAAGACCAUCACUGUCGUUCUAGCCUUCAUUGCUACUAAGCCUGGAAACAAGAUGAGGAAAUGGGUUGGGAAGAGACUGGCAAUGUCCGUCAUCAUUCUCUGCUCCCUUAUUCAAAUUGGUAUCUGUGUUGUAUGGCUGGUAAUGUCUCCUCCGUUCCCUGAGUUGGACACACACUCCCAGAUGGGACAAAUAAUAGUUCAAUGCAACGAAGGCUCAGAUUUGAUGUUCUACAUUGUCCUGAGCUACCUGGGUCUUUUGGCCAUCAUCAGCUUCACUGUGGCUUACUUGGCCAGGAAGUUACCUGAUGCUUUCAAUGAAGCCAAGUUGAUUACCUUCAGCAUGUUGGUCUUCUGCAGUGUUUGGGUGUCUUUUGUUCCAUCCUACCUGAGCACCAAAGGGAAGUACAUGGUGGCUGUGGAGAUCUUCUCCAUUUUAGUCUCUAGUUCUGGUUUAUUAGGUUGUAUCUUUCUUCCCAAGUGCUAUAUUAUUUUAAUGAGACCUGAUCUAAACACCAGAGAACAGAUCACAAAGAAGAAAAAAGAUGAUGCUUAA